AAACAGAGGAAGAAAACAGGGGAUUUUGUUACAAUGGCAGUAGAACCAUUGGGGAGUUUUGAAAUGGAAAGGAGAUUUGAAGGUGAUGAUUGUGAUGAUGCUAAGAAGAUGAGUAAAAAGAGCUUGAAUGAAUCCAAGAAGUUAUGGGAAAUAGCUGCUCCUGCCAUUAUCACCGCGGUUUCUCAGUUCUCCAUUGGAUUUGUUAGCAUUGCAUUCGUUGGACAUCUUGGUUCUCUAGAGCUAGCAGCCAUCUCUGUUGUUCAGAAUGUUGUUGAAGGUUUUGUUUUUGGAAUUAUGUUAGGGAUGGGAAGUGCUCUUGAGACACUUUGUGGACAAGCUGUUGGAGCAGGGCAAUUUGAUAUGCUUGGCAUAAAUCUACAAAGAUCAUGUGUGAUUACUCUAGCGACAGCGUUGUUAUUGACACCUUUUUAUGUAUUCACAUCAGAAAUAUUGAAGCUACUACAUCAGGACAAGGAAAUUUCAGAAGUUGCAGGGAAGUACGCGAUUUGGGUGAUUCCUCAACUCUAUGCUUACGCGUUGAACUUUCCUGUUCAGAAGUUCUUACAAGCUCAAAGCAAAAUAUGGGUUAUGACAGUAAUCAAUAUUGUCAUAUUGGUAUUUCAUAUUGUAUUGAAUUGGGUGCUGGUGACAAAGCUCGGACAUGGACUUUUUGGUGCUGCUAUGGCAGGGAACGUCUCGUGGUGGCUCGUGGUUUUAACUCAGAUUUUCUAUGUUAUUGCUGGGUUUUUUCCUGAAUCAUGGACUGGAUUUUCUAUGUUAGCUUUCAAAUCUCUCUGGAGUUUUGUUAAAUUAUCACUUGCAUCAGCUGUCAUGUUAUGUCUGGAGCUUUGGUAUUUUACUGUGGUGAUCCUCAUGGUUGGCUGGUUAAAGAAUCCGGAAAUAGCAGUAGAUGCUAUAUCAACCAGCUUGGCGUUGCAACUUUGGGUACUAAUGAUCACUCUAGGUUUCAAUGCUGCAAUCAGUGUUCGUGUUUCCAAUGAGCUAGGAGCUGGUCGUCCAAAAGCUGCAAAGUUCUCAGUACUAGUUGCUGUAAUUACAUCAACUCUAGUCGGAGUUGUAUUUACAGUUGCUGUAAUUGCUACUAAGAACUAUUACCCGAGAUUGUUUUCUGAUAAACCUGAAGUCAUACAUGAGACAUCUAAGUUGGCAUACUUCUUAGCUGCUACUAUCUUUCUAAUGAGCAUCCAACCUAUACUUCAUGGGGUAGCAGUUGGUGCUGGAUGGCAAUAUUCAGUCGCGAUUAUAAACAUCGUUUGCUACUAUAUGGUUGGGCUUCCAUUAGGUGCUUGUCUUGGUUACAUUGCCAAUACUGGUGUUAAGGGAAUUUGGACAGGAAUGCUCGUUGGUACCCUGCUUCAAACAAUAGUUUUGACGUUCAAAAUGUGGAAAGCUAAUUGGCGAAAAGAGGCAAUUCAUGCUGAAGAACGCAUCAGAACAUAUGGCGAUCAGCCUUCUCAAGAUGAGAUUGAGCACAUUGGUUCGCGUAAUACCUCGCCUCUGCAAUAAACAAAGUAGAUCAUAAAAGAAUCGGAUAGGUAUAUAGUAUAGUAAAACUGGAAAAUUUUGCAUUAGAAUUGUUUAGGACUGCAACAAAAAUUUGGUCACAAUGGACCUGAUUGC